AUGGUCACUGCGAUGCAUCAGCGUGUGAAACUCCGCGGGGUCGAGGAAGCGGUGAUUCCUUUCUCGGUCGCACACUCUUCGCCGUCCACAGUCCACCGCUCCUCUGCCUGCGAGGGUGACCCCGCUGGCGAUGAGGAGCCCCACGCAGAGCCUCUGUACCUCUCUCUCCAACAAGGAGGACGGGUGCGCGUGCUGCGGCGAGAGUGUCAUCACGGCACAGGUCCACAGGGUGCCUCCUCACACAUGCUAGCAGCUGCCCCCGGUGGAGCGGCUCUAUCGCAGCCGCAGUGGUGUAUCGCACAGCGAGAAGAUGGGGCUAUCGGGCUUGCCCCCGGUUCUCUGCUGCGCCGCGUGCCUGGCGCGCUUUUUUCUGCGUGCCUAGACCCCGCGGCGGUUGUUAUGCACAGUGAUCGUUUACAAGGCCCCUCGUCGUUGAAACCCCCCACCGCAACUCGCCGCGGUCACCACAGCACUUUGGAGGCGAGGGAAAAGGCGACAUUGCGUGGAGCUGAAGAGAUCAGGCCCACGCAAACUCCGAGUCCCAAGAGUGGGUCUCGGUGGUGUGACAUGGCGGACGAGGAUGACGAGGUCGCGGAUGCGCUCCAACUGCAGGGGCGGCGGCAGUCAAGCCUGCAAGAGCGGCUGAAUGCCUUUUGUGAUGCUUCAUCCGCGAUAAUGUCGACACACGGAGAGCCACACACCACGGAUACCGCCAUAUCAUGCCCACUUGCGGCUCAUGGCACAGAAACGGCGAGUGACAGCAAGUGCUCUGAGAAGGACGAGAGGCGUCGACUCAUGAAGGAGGAAGCACGUGUGCGUGCGGAGCUGCACUGGCUGACGGACGACCUUGCGCCACGCCUACAAGUAGCGUGCACGGAAGCGCAGGUCGCAUUGGAAAAGCUGCAGCAGGAUGGACGUCGCACAAACGCCGUCGGCUCCUCCGCUUCCUCUGACCGCUCCGCAGACUCCCCGAAUCCGCUCGCAGCCCUCGAUCGCGAGCAUGAGCGUGUUGCGGGGCUGCUAGAGAAAGUGGAAGCGCUUCAGACGGAACUGGACCGCGAAGCGUCGGCGGAUGCCGUAGGCAAGCCGCAGAAAUCGCACCUCUCCCAUGGACACGAUGCCACCGCCAGCAGCAUCGACGCAGGUCCUCCGGGGCCGCUGGAGGCGCGGCACAGCCGCCACGACGAGGUGACCACACCAGACCUCAAGGCGGCGGACCCGUACAUGGUAGAAACGCUGCGUCUCCUCGUGGCAGAGGAAAUGGAGACGGUGGACUCGUACCGAUCACAAAAACUGGCGCUGCAGCAACGCCUGUCCCGUCUGGAUGAGCUGAUCGAGGAAGUUGCCGCAGAAGAAGCAUCGCUGAGGAAGUCGGAGACGGCACUGCAUGAGUUGCUGGAUGGACGGACAAGCGAGCCUGUGGUUGACUUCGCCUGGCCACGCACUCUGCAAGGGCUAACAGAUGAAGAGGACACAGCCCUGAGCGCGUCUGUUCAUAUGUUUGACAAGUACAAGCGCAAGCUCCAGGUCAUCACUGGCGGCAGUCAAUCCAGCUCCUCCACAAAUGCCCCCAGUAGUAGUGCGGAUGUGAGUCUGUUGGCCAACACGUCCACCGCCUCCUCAGCCACGGCAGCCGCUGAGGCAACUGAGCGGAGCGGACUUACCGCUACAACCUGUGCAGGAACACCCAAUCGGCAUACGCACUCAAACGGCCGCGCCUCCAUGUGCGACGGGGACAGUGCUGUCACGACGCCCACCUCUUCACGCGUGGAGCACCUUCGUCAGGUGUUGAAGAAGGGCGACCGUGAGCUGGCACACCUGCAGGCAAAGCUGAAAGCGGCACAAGAGUACUGCGACACGUAUGGGCCAAUCGCACGAGAACUCGAUGAGCAGCUCCAACGCGGUGAGCGGGUAUUGGCCGAGAGGAAGAAGUAUUUGGCAGAUUUACAAGCGGCAGAGAAUGGGGAAGCCUUGAGGAGUGACUGCUGA